ACAAGUUUCAGGUGUAGACACGAUUUUGGCACGACGCCAAUACGAUUCAAUGCCAAAAUGUGGUGUGGAUGAAAGGCGGUACGGGCGACACCAUCAAAAACUCCUACUGUGCACAGUGAGCCACCAGGAUCAGCCGGAUCAUACCUCGGACAAGCCUAUUGCACCUGUCAACACACUCACACACAGGCACACACACACACCCCUCGUCAUGGAAUAGCACAACCAGCUGCAGCUUACUUUUGGGUCAACUAUGAGGAGGAUUUUACGGCUUGUGGUGUGUGCACUCGCGGGUCUCUUCGCUGCCUGUAUCCUCGUUUCUUGGCGAAAUGCUUGUGGACUAUUGACGAGGAGAGUCAUGGCAGUGGAUAACCUACAUCACCCCAUCCUAUCCGCCGCUCGUCUUACCGCAGACGGGCUUGUUUUGCAGUAGAACUUCCCUCCUGCAAAUUGCACACUUCCCCUCGAUCCCCCGAUGACUUUACUUCUCCAGACGAAAUGAAGUUGUUGAGUAUGAACUGAGGAUUGAACUGGCGUGCUUUUAAAGCAAAAGUGGCGUACGGAGUCAAUCAUGCCUGUUAGGAAAAAAGACACGUCCCGGGCGUUGGGGCUUCUGGAGGAGUACUGCUCCCGGCUACGGAAGCCAGAGGAGGACGCUCUCCGGACGGCCAUCCAGCGAGUGAUGCUGAUCUUCAAAAGCAACCUCUUCGAGGCUCUUCUCGAUAUCCAGGAGUUCUAUGAGUUGACGCUCCUCAACACCCACAAGAGCUGUGAGCAGAAGCUGGAGGAGGUCACCCACAUGGCCGACCGGUGGGAGAAGGCCGUCACGCCGCCGGACCCAGAGGUCACCCCGACGCCCUGCCCCUCCGUCCAGAAGGAAGAGCAGAGUGAGCAGAGAUGCGUGGAUCCCAUUGUGACGGAGCAGAGUGAGAGCAGUGCCAAGAAGUCUGAGAACAGGCCACAGGCGGUGCAGGGCUCCCCACCAAAUGGACAGCCCCCGCCCUGCAUGAACCCUGCCCUGAUGAGUGCUCCCUGGUACCACUACCAGGACGAGGACUCGCCGGCCCUGGACCAGGGGGGGUUCCCGCGGCUCACAGGCGAGGCCCGCGCCCCUGAGCUGGUGCACGUGUCGGAGAAGAACCUGUCGGAGAUCGAGAACGUGCACGGCUACGUGUCCCACUCACACAUCUCACCACUCAAGGCAAGCCCAGCCCCAAUUGUAGUCAACACGGACACCCUGGAGUCGGUACCAUAUCUCAAUGGGACAGAGGUUGAAUAUGAGUUUGAGGAGAUCACGCUGGAGCGGGGCAACUCGGGCCUUGGCUUCAGCAUCGCCGGCGGGACGGACAACCCACACAUCGGAGAUGACCCGGGCAUCUUCAUCACCAAGAUCAUCCCAGGGGGGGCGGCCUCGGAGGACGGGCGCCUGCGGGUGAACGACUGCAUCCUGCGGGUGAACGACUCGGACGUGUGGGAGGUGUCCCACAGUAAGGCCGUGGAGGCCCUGAAGGUGGCGGGCUCCAUCGUGCGGCUGUACGUGCGGCGCCGCCGGCCCAUGCUGGAGACCGUCCUGGAGAUCAAGCUCAUCAAGGGACCCAAAGGGCUGGGGUUCAGCAUAGCGGGCGGGGUCGGAAACCAGCACAUCCCCGGAGACAACAGCAUCUACGUCACCAAGAUCAUCGACGGGGGAGCGGCCCAGAAGGACACCCGGCUACAAGUGGGAGACCGGCUGCUCAUGGUAAACAACUACACCCUGGAGGAGGUGUCCCACGAGGAGGCGGUGGCCAUACUGAAGAACACCUCGGACGUGGUCUACCUGAAGGUCGGCAAGCCCACCAACGUGUACCUGUCGGACCCCUAUGGGCCUCCGGACAUAACGCACUCAUUCUCUCCCACCAUGGAAAACCAUAUCUCUUCCCCGGGAAACAUCGGCGCCCUGGAGUAUAAGUCGGGGCUCCCGCCCAUCUCCCCCGGGAGUUACUCCCCCAUCCCCAAGCACCUGCUGGGCGACGAGGACGUGAACAGAAACCCAUCGCUAGACGACAGCGACGGUCACAGGUUUGAGUCCCAGCAUUUCCAGCUUAGGCCUCCCGAGCCCGUUUACAGCACUGUGAACAAACUGUGUGACAAACUGCCCUCUCCCCGACACUACUCUCCCCUGGAGGACGACAAGAGCCUCCUCCACUCCGUCCCCUUCCCCACCUAUCACUUAGGCCUGUUCCCCGACACGGACGUCACCAGGGAGCCGCGCAAGAUGGUGCUCCACAAGGGCUCCACCGGCCUGGGCUUCAACAUCGUGGGCGGUGAGGACGGCGAGGGCAUCUUCGUGUCCUUCAUCCUGGCCGGGGGGCCGGCCGACCUCAGCGGGGAGCUGAGGAGGGGAGACCAGAUCCUCUCGGUGAACGGCAUUGACCUGCGAGGGGCCACCCACGAGCAGGCUGCCGCCGCACUGAAGGGAGCGGGCCAGAUGGUCACCAUUGUGGCCCAGUACCGGCCUGAAGAACUUGCCCUAUGCUCACCAUGCCGGGGCCCUUCUCCAGCACCAGAGUACGGACGUUUUGAGGCCAAGAUCCACGACCUCCGGGAGCAGAUGAUGAACCACAGCAUGAGUUCUGGGUCAGGGUCGCUACGAACCAAUCAGAAGAGGUCCCUCUAUGUCAGGGCCCUGUUCGACUAUGAGAAGGCCAAGGACAGCGGGCUGCCCAGCCAGGGUCUGAGCUUCCGCUACGGAGACAUCCUGCACGUCAUCAACGCCUCUGAUGAUGAGUGGUGGCAGGCCCGCCGCGUGACGCCGCACGGGGACAGCGACGAGAUGGGCGUCAUCCCCAGCAAGAGACGGGUGGAGCGGAAGGAGCGAGCGCGUCUGAAGACGGUGAAGUUCAACGCCAAGCCGGGCUCCAUCGACUCCAAAGGGUCAUUCAAUGACAAACGUAAAAAGAAUUACAUCUUCACACGAAAGUUUCCAUUCUACAAGAACAAAGAUGGCGACCAAGAAGGCAGUGAUUCUGACCGAAGCCAGGAAGAGAUAAUCCUCUCGUAUGAGCCGGUGAUGAGACAAGAAAUUAAUUACGCCAGACCUGUCAUAAUCCUGGGACCCAUGAAGGACCGGAUCAACGACGACCUCAUCUCGGAGUUCCCUGAAAAGUUUGGCUCAUGCGUACCACCUGCUAACAGUUCAGGGCAACAAGACACCACUCGACCAAAGAGGGACUACGAGGUGGACAGCCGCGACUACCACUUCGUCCAGUCGCGGGAGCAGAUGGAGAAGGACAUCCAAGAGCACAAGUUCAUCGAGGCGGGCCAGUACAACGACAACCUGUACGGCACCAGCGUCCAGUCGGUCAAAUAUGUGGCGGAGAGGGGCAAACACUGUAUACUGGAUGUGUCCGGGAACGCCAUCAAGCGAUUACAAGUAGCACAACUUUACCCUAUCGCCAUAUUCAUCAAACCCAAGUCGGUGGAUUCAUUAAUGGACAUGAACAAGAGGCUGACUGAGGAACAGGCCAGGAAGACGUUUGAUAGAGCUCAAAAGCUAGAGCAAGAGUUUGGGGAAUUCUUCACAGCGCUGGUCCAAGGGGACACCCUAGAGGACAUAUACAACCACUGCAAGCAGGUCAUAGAGGAGCAUUCUGGACCCUACAUCUGGAUCCCCUCCAAGGAAAGACUAUAACUCCCCAGCUUCGCAGGGGCUCUGGACUGCUAGAAACUAGUGAUCAUUUGUAACAUACAAUAACUCUAUGGCGAUGAAUAGUCUUCUGAUAUAAUUAUUAUGAUUACCGGUAUUAUUAUUAUUAUUACUGUGAAUAUUUCUUUUUUUUUUCAAUUUGUUCAUUAUUUUUUUCGGGUUUUAUUUAUUUGUUUAUUUUUUUCACUCUCAACAUGAUUGUUCCUGAAUGUAUACCACAAAGUGUUAGACAACGUUUAGCUUCGAAUACAUCAACCGUUUGUAUAUUUUGUUCAUUCUUAUUUUUGCCAAAAAAAAUGAAAGAAAGAAAACAACAUGCAGCGGCAAGCGACAAAAUAAACGUGGGGUUGAUUUGUCCUUAUCGACGCUCUGUGGGACUUCAGAACCAUUACACUGGAGAUGUUCAAGUGCAGGAAAAAUGAGUCUGCCUGGUAGUACCACGCCCUACACCGCACACACACACACACACACACACACACACACACACACACACACACACACACACACACACACACACACACACACACACACACACACACACACCCCAACCAUCCUUUCCGAUCGGCAGCCCGCUUGCAUGCAAACCUUCAUCAUCAUCAUCAUCAUCCAGAGCCCAGCUCAUGUACGUACGCACCACCCCCUCCCAAACUCAUCUCACUAAUGGGAUCUUCCGCGUGUGACACCCUGGGACACGACUCAUGGACCAAACAUUUUGCUUUGCUGUUUGUGUGCUCGUUCGACUGGGUUUUGUCUUCACUGGUUUCUUUACCCCCUCCAGUGCCCAGGGUUAAAGUAGAGGAAGUGGUAGGUGAAGGUGUGUUUGGUCGGGUGAGUCGGUGGCCAUGGGUUCGGUAGGCUUCUGUCGCGUUAAGGAGGCGAGAGAACUAGAACUAUAUUUUGCUACUUGGAUUCAUUAAGUGGGAAGGGCACAAAAGCACAGAAGUAUUUAUUAAAUAUAUAACUGCGGUAUCUACUGAAGCUUCAUUUGAGUGUUGUGUAUAGUGAUAGUGUCUGAUGGGAGUCCUAGGGCGACUGUAGUGAGUGCAGUGGUGUGUGUUGGUGAAGCAUGAGGAUUGACAUAAGGCAUAAGGGGGACCAUAAUCCAACACCACAUUGAACCCUGUUUUCUGGAACAAAUAUGUUCGGCAAUGAAAAUGAGCACUUUUUUAGGAACUUUACAGAUGUGCACUUAGUAAAAAGCAAUAUUGAAGCAGUGUAGGAAUUUUAUUUGAAAUAAUUCCCCAAAAAUAGACAAAACAAUAAAUACCUAAUUUAAAUACAACAGAUGUAAACACAACAGGCCUUCUGCUUCUGCUACUUCGAGUGCUCAAGAUGCACUCCAGAGGAUAGAAUCAGCCUCCAAAGGAUGAUAUUGCUGGGCUUGACAAGUAACCAUGACAUCUCGGUGCUGUUGUCAGUAGGGUGAAAUAACGACCCCUUGUAGCCUGAAUGCACAGGUCACUCCGGUACAGCCAAGUCAAUGUUACAUAAUACACAGAAGCGAUAUAUUUUACAAUGCAGCGGCUUGCCUCUACUGGCUUCCAGACCAGCCGAUGACUCAAAGCGUCCACUACAGUAUCCUCUGCAUUGGAUUUAGAAGGCCAGUUAAGCAGAAUGCGUCAACACGAUAGGUUUGUUUCUAACCAGCGGCCGCCUGUAAAGGGCCCUUAAUCAUUGCUCUAGUCCCAAGCCGCGGAAGUAUUUCAUUCAAAAUAAAUGAAAAUUACAAACUUACAACACUUUAACCACCUCCCCCUAUCCCCCUCCUUUUAAUUUAAUCUGUUAAAAGAUUUCAGGCUAGAGUUUACCCCACACGCUAUUUGUUUGAUGUGGACACUGUUCUGUGAGUUUGGUUGUUGUUGAUAUGAUGCAAUUUCAACUCUGUAAAACGGGGUUACGUUACGAUGACAUCAGAACACAAAUCACCAUUAUGCAAAAGCCUACAUUGUUUAUUAUUUGAGGUAUGCGUGUGUGUGUGUAUAUAUAUAUAUAUAUAUAUAUAUAUAUAUAUAUAUAGUGUACUGUCUGGCAUCAUUUCCUUCAAGUUACCAUCAAUUAUUGUUCACCACUUGCCUUAACAGAGUAGGUUUAUAUCCAAGAUGAAAAAUCUUGUAAAUGUAACUUCCUUGAGAAAUGAUUUUAUUUAUUUUAAGAACGCAUCUCAGCUCUGAGUACACCCAAGGUUGAAUAUAAUUAUAUUUAGAUGUAGCUUUGUAUUCAGUGACAGGUUGUUAGAGCAAAGUUUAGUUAAAGGUUUAUUUAUAUUUUAGUUAUCCUAUCAGAUAUGCAUGAGAACCGUGUUUGUGGCAACAAUUUAUUUUAUGGAUGACAUUUAAAUUAAAGGUGCCACAAGAUUCCCCACAAAAGAAGUCAUCAAUAUAUGGGUCUGAUAAAAAAAAAAAAUAUUUAUUUUUUAUUUUAAAGAGUUCAUAGUAUAUUUAAAACAACAAGGGUUUUCUGGUAAACCAGAAGAUUGGGCCUUAAAUGAUUAAUCCUUGCAGUAUAAUAAUACAAUAACCAAGCUAAUACUCACAAGCUAGUGUGGAUCUUAUAGGAACACCUGACUAAUAAUGAUCCAAUCUUAACCCUCAAACAAAUUUCAAUUAAAAAAAAUUCAAAACACCAAUAUCAUCCACAACCACUCCGGUUGAAACAGGAUAAGGAAAAUCUGUAUAAACGAAUCCCAUCUGGUCCCAUUGUGAACUCAAAUAAUCGCAGAAGAAAGUGAAGAUGACUGAAAGUCAUUGUUUGAGAAAUGUGGUCAACUCAUCUUAUAAAAGUUAUUUCACGAUAGUUGAUUCCUUAGCCGUUAAAAUAUAUUAUGUUUCCAAAACUGCCUUUUUAAUAAUUUGAAAAUGCUCCCUAAAGUAUAUUAUAUCAGGUCAACACCAUUAUUCCUGUUUAUUACACUUUAAUGUAAACAAAUACAUUUUCUGUUGUUCAUAGUGAAUUCAUUUAACAAUGUGUGUAUAGGGUCUCAGAAUAAGCUCACCCAUUUGUUUUGUUUUUCACUUCCAGCAAUAGUUUGGCAACAUUUUUAAAUAAGCAAUUAUAACAUGCAGGAUAUAAUGCAUAGAUAUUUAUUCAUGAGAAAGAUGACUUUGGGGGCGAUGGUGUGUGUAUCUGGUUUAUCCUUAGGACCUUUUUCGUUGAAAUGUCCUUUUAUUUAUAAGGUAAACCAGGGCUUAUAAUGAACGGGUAUAGCCUAUUUUCUUAAUUAAUCAGGAGCCUGUGGGCCUACUGUAACCAAGGAAGCAUCAUGUCCACUCUAAACCAACACAUAUUUCGACAUAGGAGGUGGGAGGACACUCAAUUAUAAUUUUUCCACUGAAUGCUGUUUACUAAUGCUGUGUUGUGUCACUUCCUGUGUUCUGAACCUCUGAGGGUGGGGAUUGCACUCUUACUUUACGGUACAACGUUAGCGGAUAGCUUAAUCUGCUGCUGUUUGCUGUCCACUCUUCCGUCACAGUGAAUAAGUACGACUAGAUCAGCCAUUUGGAUUUUCCAACCACUGAGUUUGUAUUGCACAUGAGUGGGCAGUCCUGGUAUAGAAGGACCAAGAGGUGGUGUUAUAGAGUUACAAUGACAUGAGAGCAGAUUUCUAUCCUUCCACGUUUUGUAUAAAGUGCAAGGCCUGUGAAAAAGCAGUUGAAGUGGUAAAUAGAAAACAAUAUAUAAAACAGUGGUGCCAAUGGCACUUCUUUAACAUUUUGCGAGCAAUUUGCACUUGCUGAGAAUAUAUUUAAAAACAUGUUCACAUGAAACUUUUACAAAAUUUCUGUGACAAAACAAUUCUGCAACAGCUUUGUUGUCUAGAAAAAAAAGGGUUGAUUUUGUUUUGAGUUUGGUUGUUGAUGUUGAUUUUCUUUGCUUGAGGGUUGUUUGAUAAGGGGUUGUUCUAGAUUGCAGUACAUUACAUUACAUUUCUUUGCAGUAGGAAUAUAGUGGUAUUUUCUCAACACCAUACUAUGAAACAGGUUCAGCAAAACCCUGCCAGAGUUCAGCAUAGAAGCCCACCUUGUUUUGGAUUUGUUGCUUCUAAUUACAUGGAUGUUGUUUUUUUGGUUUUGUUUUGUUCUUAAAAACCUUCUCGUCUAUUCAAUAUCAAGAUACAAUGCACUUAAAACAAGGCACCGAUAUGCCAUAUCUGAUUUACACAUUUGAUUGUAGCUUUUUGUUUGUUUGUUUCAGCUGAGUGGUUAUAGUUAAAUCCGUGCAGGGCUGUACAUUUUACAUUUACAUUGAUUUAGCUUCUUGACAAUAACAACAAAACUAAAUAUAUGAUUUUGUCUCUUUUUAUUCUGGACAUUUGCAUCUUUUCAGUGAAAACGUUUGAAACACUGAGGUUGUCUCUGCUCUCUGUUGUAUGCACUUCUGGACGCUUUGAUGAAUACUACUUUAAGAGCAUUUGCUGUAUACAAGCCCUUACCACAGCAACCGUAUUUUAAAGAGAAAUGGACAUUAAACAUGUAAAAUACUUUUAAA